UUGAUAGGAUCCGAAAAACAGCCUAAAAAUUGAAUCCGACGAAGCAACGGUGAUCAUGGGGACGCAGGAGGGUGAAGUAAAGUCCGGUAGUGUAACCGGAACUUUGCCGAUCGUCGAGGUUGCCAGUCUCAUGGAAAAGGCAAAGUUUUACACAUCGCUUUGUCUUGGAACUACCGCUAUACUGGCCGUGUUCGCGUUCCUAUUCCUCAUACCGUUCGUCGUCGAACCGGCCAUCACGACGAUACUCGCCGAUUUUUCGCCAAGGGCCGUAGCCUGCAUGGCCACCGAACACGUGUACGCCGAGGGUUUGAGAAACUGUUCGUGGGCGAGCUGCAGAGAAGGAUGCACGAGCGCGGCUCUCCGCUGCCAUCAGAUCCGGGUCAACUACUCGAGGCUUCCUUACGACGAAUUCGUCACGAAACCCGCGGGUAUAGUUCCAUGGGACGUCGCCGACACUAAGUUCUUCGUGAACACCGAAGGUUGCGGAUAUCCACCGAGGGUGAAUUGUUCGGAAUUCGCCCGGAAGUACGGCUACGGUAACAUGGGAAAAAUAUUCCCGUGUUACUUCAGCAGGACGCAUCCCGAAACGGUGGUCGCGAGGUACUCGUGGGACGAGAAUUUGAGGCAUUUGGUGAUGGCGUUGGUGACGCCGAUCGUCCUGUUCGCCGUUUCACUGGGCGUUCUUUGCUAUUGGUAUUGUCCUCCGAUCGGUAGAAGAUGCGGGAGUCCGGGUCGUCCUUUGAUCGACAAAUACGCGAGGAAGGAAGACGGGACUCGCGAGAUAUUCUUUAUUCGUGUCUUCGAUUUGACGAAAUCGUUGCUAAUUCUGUUUUCGUUUUCUUGGCGGAUUUGUAAGGGGGCUAUUAAGGGAGGUAGGGAGGAAAUGAGAGCGGCGAAAAGUUUUGUAGUACGAUUGAUAAUUCGUCAAAUCGAAUCACGUGAAGGAAGAACUUAUAUUGCCGGCCCAUUCAUCUAGAAUGGUUGUGAUCAAACAUUGAACCUCCUCGCUAAUUGUAAGAUUUAAUAAUGAUACGAUGUAUAAUUAUGUCCCCGAGUCUUUUUCGAGGAAAAGAAAGAAAAAAAAAAAAGGGUGAAAGAAAGCUGUGCAAAACGAAGUAAUUCAAUGACCGAAGAGAACAAGAAAGAAUAAAAAUGAAAUAAGAAAGAACGAGAGAAUUACGAUGAUAAUUGCAUUUUUUAAGUAAGAAUUUUUAUAGUAUAAUAUUAAUUAAUUGAAUAUAAUGAAAAUAUAGUGUAAAUCGUAAAAACUUUUUCAAUUCUAUAUGCAGCAUUCGGCACACUCAUUCCCCUCUGAAGCUUGCUAUGUAAUAUAAUAAUACCUAUACAGAAAUCGAUAAUUCUUUACUUCAUCGAUAACUCAAUUAUUGACUAUUUGUAAUUACGCUGUCGUAAGUAAGAUGUGAUAGAAUUUUCAAUUGAUCAAUUAUAUUGUAUUAAAAAAUCUUUGCGAAAAUAGAGAAAUACAUAGGAAACGUUAUCCUCCUUCUGUUUGGUUUCAUGUGUGUUCGGUUAUUUUUUUUUUCUUCUUCUUCUCACAAUUCUCUACUGUAUGGAUUAUUCUAUCUAUAUACAGUUGAAAUUACUUGCAAUUAUUAUUGACCAAAUAUAAUAAUAAUCGUGAAAUAUUUGCUCAAAUAAUUUCUGAAUCAUCAACGUGUCGAAUUUAAAACAAUCAAACCAAAUGAUAAUCCAAAUUCAAAUUUUCUCUCUCUCUCUCUCUCUCUUUCUCUCUGUCUUGCUCUUUUUCUGAAAUGUUACAAUUAUAAUUAUAUUCAUCAUUCGAAAAUGGAACAAUAAAAAAUAGCUGAUCUAAAUCCGAUCGAUGCAAUUCUUUUUCUAUUUCUAAUUUUUCAUUAAGUUAAUGAUCACUCCGUGAGUAAUAAUUAUACACCACUAGUUUAUUCGAUAACUCAUCAGUUGAUUAAUUGAAUAAAUAAAUGGAUAAUCUGAUUGUAGUCGAGAAUUUGAAAUAAACCUUAACUUCGCGGAUGAUCCAAAAACUGGUUCUAAAAAAGGAAAAUUAAAAGAAACUAACCAGAGAGAGAAAAAUCAAAAUCAAUCGAGAACGUCAGUAUACUUUCUGCAGAUAUUUUUAUGAGGACAUAUUUGUAAAAAUGCACGGAAGAAUAAAAAACCAAAAAAAUUUGAUUCAAUAAAUGAAUAAAAAUUAGCUAUCUUAUCCCAGCUGCAGCUUACACCAUUUGUUAACAAUUCUAUAUCUAUACAAUUAUCUAUGAAUUACUCAAUUAUGAUAUCAUAUCCGUCUUAAAUAGCUCAAAUUUGGAAACGAUAUAGUAAUAAAAAAAGGACAAAAUAACUUUCGUUUCGUACAAUGACGAUGAUAGAAUAUUAUAAUUCAUAAAUUUGACCCGUGAAGCUUCCUCUUCGAUAGUUAUUAAUAUACUCAAUGUAGAUGCACAAUAUGCGAUGAUUGAAAUUAAUAAUUAUUAUAAUAGAAAUUCAUAUACGUUAAUACAUGUAUAAGAGUCGAAGAUAUUAUGAUACUAUUUCACCGAAGAAAUGUUCACCGCUUUCGUAAUGAUUAGGAAUAAAAAUUUUUGAAUGAAGAUAAAUGUAUGUAUAUGAUAAUCCUUUCGUCUACAUAUAUCAUAAAACACACAUGCUUAUGUAUAUAUAAUGAUAACGAACGAUAACGUUAUAUAAUCACACGAUGUAAAUAUAUAACUGAAAUUAAAAGAGAAAGAAAAAUGACACGAAGCAAAGAUCAGAAAUGUGUAUAUGUAUAGGUGAAUAAAAUAUUAAUAAAUUUCGAAAAAAUUAAAAAAUUAAACUCUCAUGUAUUUCCGAAAAUCAGGUGUGCGAAAAUUAUCAUUGUAAAUAUUAUGACAGAAUGGAAAUAUAAUUGGUAUAAUACUAUCAUAUGUAGACUGUAUCAAAUAACAACUUUUCGGUUAAAAUAUAUAUACAUAUACCUCUAUGUAUAUAUGAUAUGAAAAAGAAAUGAAGAAGAAGAAGCAGAACAAAAAGAAAGAAAUAAAGAACGAAAGAUUUCUGUUGCAAA